GUUUUGAAUAGAGUAUUAUUCUUUCUUGCUUCAGAGUGUAUUCGAUAUUGACAGUCCUACUUCACCUGUGUUUUUAAAAUUUAUUCAUUCACUCAAAAUGAGGGAAAUUGUGCAUUUGCAGGCUGGUCAGUGCGGCAACCAAAUUGGAGCAAAGUUCUGGGAAGUGAUUAGUGACGAGCAUGGCAUCGACCCCACUGGCACAUACCAUGGGGACAGCGACCUUCAGCUGGAGAGAAUUAAUGUGUAUUACAAUGAAGCCACGGGAGGUAAGUAUGUCCCCCGUGCGGUGUUGGUGGACUUGGAGCCUGGUACAAUGGACUCUGUGAGGUCGGGUCCCUUUGGACAGAUUUUCCGACCAGACAACUUCGUUUUUGGCCAAAGUGGAGCUGGAAACAACUGGGCCAAGGGCCACUACACAGAGGGAGCUGAGCUGGUGGACUCUGUCCUGGAUGUGGUGAGGAAGGAGGCAGAGAGCUGUGACUGUCUACAGGGUUUCCAGCUCACCCACUCCCUGGGCGGGGGCACAGGCUCGGGCAUGGGCACCCUGCUCAUCAGCAAAAUCCGCGAGGAGUACCCCGACCGUAUCAUGAACACGUUCAGUGUGGUGCCCUCACCCAAAGUAUCAGACACUGUGGUUGAGCCCUACAACGCCACCCUCUCAGUCCACCAGCUAGUAGAGAACACUGAUGAGACCUACUGUAUCGACAACGAGGCUCUGUAUGACAUCUGCUUCCGUACACUUAAACUCACCACGCCCACCUAUGGCGACCUCAACCACCUGGUGUCAGCCACCAUGAGCGGGGUCACCACUUGCUUGCGCUUCCCUGGCCAGCUCAACGCUGACCUCCGUAAACUGGCUGUCAACAUGGUGCCCUUCCCCCGUCUCCACUUCUUCAUGCCGGGCUUCGCCCCCCUGACUAGCAGGGGGAGCCAGCAGUACAGGGCCCUCACUGUGCCCGAGCUCACCCAGCAGAUGUUCGACGCCAAGAACAUGAUGGCGGCCUGCGACCCACGUCACGGCCGAUACCUCACCGUGGCCGCAGUGUUCAGGGGCCGCAUGUCCAUGAAGGAGGUGGACGAGCAGAUGCUGAACGUCCAGAACAAGAACAGCAGCUACUUUGUCGAAUGGAUCCCCAACAACGUCAAGACCGCUGUCUGUGACAUUCCUCCCCGCGGCCUCAAGAUGGCCGCCACCUUCAUCGGCAACAGCACGGCCAUCCAGGAGCUGUUCAAACGCAUCUCAGAGCAGUUCACCGCCAUGUUCCGCCGUAAGGCCUUCCUCCAUUGGUACACCGGGGAGGGUAUGGACGAGAUGGAGUUCACUGAGGCAGAGAGCAACAUGAAUGACCUGGUGUCUGAGUACCAGCAGUACCAGGACGCCACCGCCGAGGAGGAAGGAGAGUUUGAGGAGGAAGGAGAGGAGGAGCUGGCGUAAAGAUAUCAUGUGUACUUCACAGUCUUACCGAUGUUUUUCAGUGUCCUGUUUGUCUUGUCUGUCCCUUCUUACUGUGGCAUUCUCAAGCUGUCAAAUUCCAGCUUUGAACCAAAUCUCUAUUAAAGGCAUAACUUUGAUAGCA